AUGGAUCCCGGGCGCGUCCUGCGCAGUGACGGUCUGCAACCUCCAGCCGCGCCCGUAGUCGGCGAUGGCCGCGCUGGGGCCGAAGCUGAUGGGCUCUUCGCCAUCCCUAACGGCCUCGACGUGCAGCGCCGACGGGGCCCCGGGUUCGAGCUUGCGGUUGACGGCGUGCAGCGCGUAGCGGGCCGUCGUCCUUGCCGCGAACCGCCGAACCUUGCCGGAGCUCCUGCACGUCACCUCCAAGAACUGCCAAGUGGCAAGCAGACAGCAAGCGCGUUAGUUCGAGGAGAGCAGGUGCAGCAGGAGGAGGAGACCUUCCGCGGCAAGCAGACAGCAGACAACAAGCAGACCUUCCAUGGGAUGAAGAUGUACAAGAAGGUUCGUGGAGCUCUGUGCAGCAGGAGGAGAGCGGGUCUUACCAGUUGCGGUGGAGGAGAGUCGCCGCCGCCGUCCUUGCCUGGCUGUUGCGUGUCGCCGGGCUGCUGCGCCCGCCGCUCCAUCGCCGCCCGCGCUGACUCACGCCCCGCUAGGGCACACAAGUCGUUGUACCGUGAAGAGGGUAACGACAGCACGAAGUGGGUUCUGGACACGGGUGCAGCGUUUCACGUUACCUACGACCCCAGCUGGCUGCAUUGUUACCAACACCGGGCAAGUUGCAUGUGUGUUUCCCUUAAGGGAAGUGGGUCGGUGCAGACCAAGCUAUUCAAGUUGUCGGACGUACACUAUAUUCCAGGAAUGACACUCAACAUCAUCAGCGUGGGCAUGCUUAUCAAAAGUGGCUACAACCUGUGUUUUACUCCGGAACAUUGCUACGUAAGGGAUGUUAUGACUGGUCGUAUUGUUGGUGAGGGCAGCCGAAGCAGGGGCACCUACGUACUCGACUAUCUGAUCGUCGACCAGGGGAGGAAUUGGCGGCCUCAGGAUGAGCUCCGAGGUAUUAGGCCAUAUAGCCAUGCAACACUGCCUACGGAUCCAUUUACCGAGGAGGAUGGAGAAGACGACGAGCUCAAAGAUUCAACCGACAGAAAACCUGAAAUGUUUGGGCAAGGCAGGGAUCUGGAACUGGAUGUGAACCCUUCUAGUUGGUACCGCACUUGUGAAGCCCUUGUGGCGUCAACAGUAAAUCAGCAACCCGCGAAUUUGUUUCUUGUGGACUCGGGUGCAUAUUACCACAUCACUAAGGACCGAUCACUUCUACAAUUGUACCCUGCACAUCUAAACGUCAGGUCACCAAUAAAAUAUGUCACGGGAGUAUCCGGUGCCGUACUCGCAGUUACAGAAGUGGGCUACAUAGAUUGUCCUGAGGUAAGACUCGACGGUGUACUCUGUAUUCCCGGUGCGGUUGCAAAUCUGGUUUCCGUUGGCCAGAUUCUGAGCCAGUACCCUACAAUGCAAGUGCUGUUCACCUUUAAGGAGGGUGUUACAUUCAAGGAACCUAGUAGCUCUAUGAGGGGGAGGAUCAGGAAGAUUAUUGGGAAAGCCCGUAUGGAAGGCAAUCUUUUCGUGCUGGAAAAUCUCCGACCUGGACUUAAAUAUGUUAAGAACCUGAUUUGCUCCGUCGAAGAAUCUUCAGGAACGUCGUCUGAGCUUGAUUCACCCAUGCCUAUGGAGGAGUGA